UGGGAGAGACUUGGAAUUUUGGGUUUACAUUGCUUUGGUUCAUUAUUGUGUGUAGACCAAAAAAGAAGGAGUAAGAAGAAGCUGAAUGAAAAACUGAAAAGCAUCAUGACAAUGACAACGAUCCCCAGGCGACAUUCGCCACUUUUGUAAACUUAUAUGUACUCGGUCGCUUUUGUUCGGACUCCUCAGAUCUCACAGGUUAUUGAAGGACCACUUGGACGGCUGUGGAAGAGGCAGAUGCAGUCUCCCUCUCAACUCUUGACUGUCAGUAGAUGCACAUGGGUCAGCAAUCUUUGCCGGCUUAGACAGCUAAGGGACGGAGAAUCCCUUGAAGAUCCAGUUGCCAUGUCAGUCACCGUGCACGAGAAUAGAAAAUCUCGUACCAGUACGGGCUCCAUGAACAUUUCGUUGUUCCACAAGCCCUCUCAUCCAGACAGCGUGCUUACUCACCUCAAUACCUUGAGAAAGCAGCGUAUGUUUACUGAUGUGACUCUUUGGGCUGGAGAUCGUUCCUUUCCUUGUCAUCGGGCUGUUUUAGCUGCCUGUAGUCGCUACUUUGAAGCAAUGUUCAGUGGUGGAUUGCGUGAGAGUCUGGACAGUGAUGUAAAUUUCCAUGAUAGUAUACACCCUGAAGUACUUGAGCUGCUGCUUGACUUUGCUUAUUCAUCCCGUGUUGUGAUCAAUGAGGAGAAUGCAGAAUCCUUACUUGAGGCGGGAGACAUGCUUCAGUUUCAUGAUAUCCGAGAUGCAGCUGCAGAAUUUCUUGAGAAAAACUUGCAUUCCUCCAACUGCCUGGGCAUGAUGCUACUUUCGGAUGCUCACCAGUGUAAACGCCUGUACGAACUAUCCUGGAGAAUGUGUUUAGUGCACUUUGAAGCAGUAAUGGACACUGAGGAUUUUUGUGGCCUAUCAAAGGAAAAACUUCUUGAUCUGAUCCUUAGUGAUGAAUUAGAAAUUGAAGAUGAGCGGAUAGUUUACAAUGCUGUCAUUCGCUGGGUUCAUCAUGAUCUGGAUAACAGAAAAGAGUAUCUUCCUGAACUUUUGAGGGGCAUCCGUCUUGCUCUUUUACCUUCAGAAUGCCUGAUUGAUGCUGUUGCAUGUGAGGAGCUGGUUGUUUCUGAUAAAAGGAGCAGACAGAUUGUGGAAGAGGCCAUCCAAUCUAAGAAAAAGAUCUUACAAAACGAUGGUGUAGUUACCAGUCCUUGUGCCCGCCCACGCAAGGCUGGACAUACACUUCUUAUCUUGGGUGGACAGACCUUCAUGUGUGACAAAAUUUACCAAGUAGACCACAAGGCUAAGGAAAUUAUUCCCAGAUCGGACCUACCUAGCCCAAGAAAGGAAUUCAGUGCCUGCGCUAUUGGUUGCAAGGUAUAUGUGACAGGUGGUCGUGGGUCUGAGAAUGGAGUUUCAAAAGAUGUGUGGGUUUAUGACACAGUUCAUGAAGAAUGGUCUAAGGGUGCACCAAUGUUAAUUGCACGUUUUGGCCACGGAUCCGCAGAAUUAGAAAAUUGUUUAUAUGUGGUUGGAGGGCACACUGCCAUAGCAGGUGUCUUCCCAGCAUCUCCUUCUGUGUCCCUGAAGCAGGUUGAGAGAUAUAACCCGCUUACUAACAAAUGGAGUAUGAUGGCUCCACUUAGAGAUGGAGUGAGCAAUGCAGCUGUUGUCAGUGCCAAGCUAAAACUUUUUGUCUUUGGGGGUACUACCAUUCACCGGGACAAAGCGUCUAAGGUUCAGUGCUAUGAUCCAGUGGAAAAUCGAUGGACUAUUGCUGCAGAGUGCCCACAGCCUUGGCGUUAUACUGCUGCCGCUGUGUUGGGCAGUCAGAUCUUUAUAAUGGGUGGUGACACGGAAUUUACCGCAGCCUCUGCUUACCGCUUCGACUGUGAAACCAACCAAUGGACACGAGUUGGAGAUAUGACCUCUAAACGCAUGAGCUGCCAUGCUGUGGCUUCAGGAAAUAAGCUGUAUGUAGUUGGGGGCUACUUUGGCACCCAGCGAUGUAAGACUUUGGACUGCUAUGAUCCCACAUCUGAUAGCUGGAAUAGUAUAACAACAGUGCCUUACUCACUUAUUCCAACUGCUUUUGUCAGCACAUGGAAACACCUGCCUGCUUGACACCAAAGGUUACGUGAACAUGGUAGAAAGCAGAUUAAGUACUUUGGUUUUGAUUAACUUGCUUCUAAAAUGUGGUGAAGGAAGAUUCCAAAUAAAGUGAAGACUUUUGUGGUGGAAGACCUGCGACAGAACAAUCCGAGUGCCUUUUAGUCUGUCUUCCAGCCACCCACUAUGUGAGAAGAGGUGCUGUGAAAAGGGUGGCUUUGAGCUUAGUUUGCUGUAGUUAAGCACAAAUGUAAAUGGACAGUUUCCAAUGUAUUUUUUGCCAUAUUGGUGAGUUGUUUUUUUUUUUUUUUGUAUUAGCUGGACCGAUUAAGGAAUUACCAUAAUGGUAUCCUCCAUUUCCUAAAACAAAUAAUUGUAUUAUAACCACUUACUGAGGUUAUAAUCUGAAGUUUCAUUCAAACCUUUGGAAAAUUCUAACAUUGUUAAAAACUAAAAUCUAACUGGUUACACAGAAAAUAAAGCUUCAUGUAAUACUGUAUGUACCAAAAGGGCUGUUCCUCCAAUAAUCUUGGUGAUAUACAGGCUUCAAUGAAACAUUUGAUAACAGAAGAUCAUGGCCACUUUAGUCAUUUGUGAACUAAUAUAGCACUUUUUUUAUAUUACAGUUAGCACUGCACUUGGCCCACAUGAUCCUUCCAUUUUUCACAUGACUUUACAUUUUUCUCCUCUCCAUAGCAGUUUCCAUGCAUUAUUCAAUUUAUUUGACACAAUUGCAGAAUGCUACAUAGUUCAUUAGUAAAGACAUAUCCUCCCGCAGAAGUCAAGUCAAGUUUAUCCAUCUCUGCAAUUAAAUAAUUUGUCAGAAAUGCAAUUUAAAAGUGUCUCUUUCCAUCUGAAAGAAAUCAGGAGGUGGAAACAUUAUGCAUACUUAAUUGCACAUUGUAGUGGGAGAAGGAACAGACAUAAACCAAAACAGAGAUGUUUUGUGUUAUAUUUUUGUUCCAGACUUCCCAGCUCCUGUGGGUUAAUGUUGUAGAUGAUAAAAUAAAUUAGCAUAUCCUG